AUGUCUGUGGUAUUGGAUGAUGAAGAAAAUAUUACGUUUGAAGAGGCACUCGACAGAACAGGAUAUGGCCUGUACAGUGUAUCGAUGGCAGCGCUGACGGGCAUCGUUAUAAUAUCUUUUGCAUGUAUAUUCUAUAGCAGCACCAUCAUAGUGCCGGUGAGCGCCUGCGAACUCGAUACUACCAGUGCUCAGCAAGGCAUACUCGUUGCUGGACCUAUAGUAGGAGCCAUUUUAGGGGCGGUAGUUUGGGGAUGCAUAGCUGAUCAGCAUGGUAGGAAGAAAACACUAAUGACGUCACUUAUUGCCGGAGCAUUACUCAACGCUCUAGCCAGCCUCUCAACAAAUUGGAUCUUUCUGCUUAUUUUGCAAUUCAUCGCUUCCUUGAUGAUAUCAGGACAGUACUCCCUGGCGAUGACUAUCCUCAGUGAGAGUGUACCAGCAUCAAAGAGGAAUAUCCUCGUACUACUCGUGACAAGUAUUUUCCUUCUAUCGCAAGGAUUCAUGGCUGUUCUAGCGAUGCCAAUAAUCCCGCUAGCGUUUUCUUAUCAUCUGCCCUACCUAAACAUCUACUGGAACUCAUGGCGACAACUACUUUUUCUCUACUCUCUACCCAGUCUCCUUACGGCGCUGUGGCUCACCUGCAUGCAGGAGAGUCCAAAAUUUCUUUACUGUAAAGGUAAUGAAGCAGAGGCACUGAAAGUCCUUAAAAUCAUACACAGAAUCAAUAACAGGAAUUCCUCAAAUGAAUUUCAAAUGGUAGAACACAUCGGCAGGCGUAAUAUGGUAAUGAUAGUGACCUCAGUGUGUGGUGCGAGCGGUAUUCUAGUCAACGUGGUACCAAACGCCGUUGCCAGUGCAGUGCUAUUUAUGCUACAACUCAUGGGGAUUGUUGCUCUUGGGCUGUAUACUGCGCUAUGUGUAACAUUGUUCCCUACUCGUUUGAGGUAG